AUGAAUAAUACGACCGAGAAUGACGGUUCUUUCGUCCCUUCGCUCACCCUGGAACGCAGGCUCGAGAUUCCAGAUCAAAAGAAACACUAUCUCGAUUCGCUCCUCCGCUUGCUGGACUCCUUGAUUUUUGUCCACCUGGGUCUCCUCUAUGUAUGCGACAAUCUUACAUUCCUCCUUGUCCUGCGCGCGUUGAACCAAGUGGUCCACAUUCAGCAUCGGCCGGCGGCUAUCACACCUGUUAUCGUGGUAAACCUCAUCUGUGUCGUGACACAUCUCCUACAGAGCAGGUCGGGGAUCAAGCGACUCCAUGGAGGCAUUAUCGUGGACUUCGUCGGUGAAGUCCCAAGAUCGCGGACAUCUGUGCUGAUAUUGGACUUGAUACUCUUCUCUCUGCAAUUGGUUAUGCUCGUGGCCGGGCAUGAGAGACAAAUUGCCUCUGGAGAUGCUGUCGCACGGGAAGAGUCACAGCCGCAGGACCUGGAGUCCGAAGAAGCCGGGCAGUUGAGGUCACGUGCUCAUGCUCAAGUGGAAGAGUCAGAGGACGGGAUCGAGCUGCAAAGCCUCUUGCCCGAUGGGAGGGGGGAAGACGUUCCAGCCCACCAGAAACAACCAGAAUCGACACAAGAUGACGACGAUGUAAUUUUACUGGAUUUGAAGAAGGGCAUCAAGGCGCUACUCAGAAGACCAAUUCCUGUGGCUUCGCCUACUGCCCUUGAAAAUGCUCAAGCUCGUGCAAGCGUCGCCGCAUUCUUGAGACUCGCCGCUGCGAGGGCAAGGGCGGGUUGA